UGUCCUGCACAGGAGGAAACGGAUGGAGACACGAAGCAUGAAUUUUGCUAUUAAAUUGCAAGCCUCAUUUACUUCGGAUUACAAAGAAUAUUUUCAUUUAAGAGGUCGGGACAGGGGUGAAACGAUAUGGAGUAUUCGGGACGUGGAAUAAUGUGGAGCAAAUUGCCGACAUGGCAGGCGCUUUUGUGGUGGAAUUAUUUCUAUCUUAUGUGGAGUACAAUAGACGCACAGACUCAUUACAGCAUCCCGGAGGAGCUCAAACAGGGAUCCGUUGUAGGAAAUAUAGCAAAAGAUUUGGGUUUGCAUGCGCCUGAGAUGUAUCGCCGAAAAUUACGGAUUACCUCCGAGGCUGGUAAGCAGUAUUUUGAUGUAGAUUUGGGGAAAGGAGAGCUGCUUGUGACAGACAGAAUAGAUAGAGAGGAACUCUGUGGACAAAGACCAUCCUGUGUGUUGCCUUUAGAGCUAGUAAUAGAUAACCCGUUACAGGUGCACAGGGUUGAAAUUGAAAUACGGGAUACAAAUGAUAAUACUCCUAGCUUUCUUACUAAAGAGAAAGUAGUUAAAAUAGCGGAGUUGGUAAAUCCAGGCGCGCGAUUUCCUUUAGAGAGUGCAAACGAUCCGGAUGUUGGCACUAAUUCUGUACGCACAUAUCUCAUAAGCAAAAAUGAGCAUUUCAAAUUAACAGUUAAAAAUCUUAAAGAUGGUAGAAAAAUUCCUGAAUUGGUGCUUGACAAACCUCUUGAUCGAGAGAUGCAGACUGUACACAACCUCAUCCUCACAGCUGUGGAUGGAGGAGAUCCGGUGCGUUCAGGGACAUCAGAAAUCACUGUUAUAGUGCUUGACAUUAAUGAUAAUGCGCCACAAUUUGAAAGGCAAGUAUAUGAAGUUAAUGUCACUGAAGGUGCUACAUUCGGAACCGAGAUUUUAAAGGUAAAAGCUGUAGAUGCAGAUGAGGGAUUAAAUGGGGAAAUUGAAUAUGUAUUUGCAGAGCAAACUUCAGAUCUCAUUGUAUCAUUAUUUGACAUUAACCCAUCUACUGGAGCUAUUACUGUAAAAGGGGUUUUAGACUAUGAGUCAAACUCUUUACAUAGAUUCGAUAUUACAGCAAAAGACAAAGGGAAUCCUGAGAUGGACGGGCAUUGUGGUGUGGAAGUCAAAAUAAUUGACAUUAAUGAUAAUAAUCCAGAAAUAGUUGUGACUUCUUUAACAACACCCGUUCCUGAAGAUUCUGCAGCUGGAACAGUUAUUGCAAUAAUAAGUACAAGAGAUCCUGAUUCAGGCGUUAAUGGCAAGGUUACAUUAACAGUGUCAGCAAAGUCUCCGUUUAAGUUAAAUCCGUCGAUCUCUAAACAUUAUUCUUUGGUAACAAAUGGUCCGCUCGAUCGUGAAAAAAACAGCAUGUACAGCGUUAAGAUAACCGCAACUGAUGGCGGUAAACCGCCUUUAACGAGUGAAAAAACAAUAGCUUUUGAACUUUCAGAUGUAAAUGACAACCCACCUCGUUUCUCCCAUGUUUCAUAUGCAGUUUACAUAAAAGAAAAUAAUACCCCAGGUCUUAUUUUGAGUUCAGUAUCAGCUUCUGAUCUAGAUUCUGGUGAAAACGCAAAAAUCUCUUAUUCUAUUCUAGACUCUAAAGCACAGGAUGUGUCUGUCUCAUCUUACGUUUACAUUAAUUCAGAAAACGGGAGCAUCUACAGCAUGCAAUCCUUUGACUAUGAGAAGCUGAAGGUGUUUCAGAUUCUGGUUCAGGCAAAGGACCAUGGUUCCCCUCCUCUGAGCAGCAACACCACUGUCCAUGUUUUUAUCCUGGACCAGAACGAUAAUGCUCCCGCUGUUAUUUACCCCUCCUCUGCUGCCCUGGGUUCUCUCUCUCAUCAAAGGAUGCCCCGCUCUGCUAAAGCUGGUCACCUGGUUACUAAGGUGACGGCCGUGGACGCUGACUCCGGCCAUAAUGCCUGGAUCUCCUACAGACUGGCGGAGGCCACAGACGCCUCUCUGUUCACCGUCAAUCAGUACACAGGGGAGGUGAGGACUAAACGCGCUGUAACCGAGCAGGAUGACUCCUCUCAGAGGCUGCUGAUAGAGAUCAAGGAUGAUGGGGAACCGGUUCAGUCCGCCACCGCUACGGUGUCCAUCCUGCUGGAGGACGGUCUCCAUGAGCCCAUCUUAGACCUCAGACAUAAAGUUUCUGAGCCCAGCAAGAAAACUGGCAGAAUUACCCUUUAUUUGAUUCUUUCUCUGGCCUCAGUGUCCGUGCUGUCUCUGGUGACGUUUCUUAUCUUAGCGGUGAAAUGCAUCAGGAGCAGCAGUAGCAGCGGGAGCUGCUGCAUGAGACGAAGCGACUGUGAUGAUUACAAGAACCCCAACAGAAACCUGCAGAUUCAGCUCAAUACUGAUGGACCCAUAAAGUACGUGGAGGUCCUGGGAGGAGACAUGAUGUCUCAGAGUCAGUCCUUCAGGUCCUGCAUGUCUCCAAUGUCAGAGUACAGUGAUUUUACUUUGAUCAAACCCAGCAGCACCACAGACUUUAAAGAAACCCUCAGUGUUCUGGAUGCGUCUUUACCUGACAGCACCUGGACCUUUGAGAGCCAGCAGGUGAGCUAA